CCUCAGUCCAGGUGCAUUCAGAUGGAGAGGAAGAGUUGGACAUGUUGCCUUCAACACGCCGCCGCCACCGCCGCCAUGGCCCAGAUUUUUUCAGUGGACUGCCACCUCCGAUUUCCCACAGACCGAAGAGUCUUCGCCUGGAAACCCUCCAAGGCCCCUCCCGUCGCCGUGUUCGUCCGGGCGAGUCGACGGGCGAGGGAUUCGAAACGGACAGAAAGGCCUCGUUGAGUGGACGGAUUCAGCACUUCCGUAUUGAUGCCCGACUCGGAGGUUGCCUGACAACGGCAGAGACGUCCAUGGCAGAAAAGUCUUUUUGUCUCGAGGUUAUACAACCGACUCAGGCUACAGUCCUGUACGUGGUUGACGGUGUCCACGGAUCUGGCUUCCCAGUGCCACUGCCAGUGACUUGUGGGUGCCUAGUUUAGAGGCACGACCCCAGGGCCCGUUCCAGGGUUCUCAUUUCCGCCCUGCUACCCAUCCAAUCCCGUGCACACUGUGCUCCUUCCUAUAACGAGACGUCCUAUCGGCAACAAGGAGGCAUUCCAUCAAGGCGCUGUCAGGCGAUCCAUCGACUCGAGCUGAUACGUCCUGACCCGAGUCUAGGCCCCUGAUCAAACCGUGGCUCGCUGCAAACUAAAUGAUGCCGAGUGAGGUGACCAACACUAAUAUACCACAAGUCUUUUUCCCUCGCGCCAGCUCCCAUCUUCACCGUCUGUUGGUCGAUUCCUGCCGCCUUGAUGGCAUUGGCAAUGCCAAUUCUUAACAGAGGCGAGAGAGCUCUAUUUGUUCAACGUAACAAUGUCCACUGUACCCGUCAAAUCGAGCCAUGGAAGCUCCACCGACGACGAUGAAGCCCCAUCGUCGACCUCUGCGCACAAGUCCUCAUCACCUGCCCGUCCGCGCGUUUCGGUAGCUUGCUUUAUGUGCCAGAAACGAAAGAUCAAGUGCGACGGUGUGUAUCCCUGUGAAAAUUGUCGUCGCCGGAAUUGGUCUUGCAGAUUCAAUGCUGCUGCCGAUGGGAGGCGCACAGCAGCAAAUCGCCAGGCAAUGAUGCAGCAGAUGGCCAACACACUCACACAGAUUCAGCAUCACAAAGAUUUAACCGCCGGGAUUCUCGCCAUCAUAAGAGAGGGAGACACUGAUAGCACCGGCCGUCUAAUGGAACUUAUUCGCAAAACCCAGGAUUUAACAGAGCUUGACGCUUUCGUGCGUGACGAGGUGAAAUCAGAUCCUGCCAUCGAGAAAGCUUUUCACACUAUCGACUGGCAGGCUACUCAGCUGGGCUCCGAUGGUUGGUCUCAGGCGCUGGAAGAUCCAUCACGAGACGAACGAGACGAACCCGAAUCUGCACGGACAAGGAAUCAAAAACGGCCUGCCGAUACCAGAACCGACGACAGAAUAACAUAACCACGAUUAGUCACACCCUACGGUUUCUUUCGCGCACACGGCAUCUCAUACUGGACGUGGAGAGAGGGACGGUUGUCGGCUCGUUUUCUAUAUGGCAGAUGAUUCAGGAAUCAGCUUGACCAUGAGGCGUCGCCUUCAAAACAUCUGGGCAGCUGAGCAUGAUACAUUCACCAUUUAUGACGUCUUCGACAGGACUUUCUACGAAGGCCCACGACUACUGCGAAAGCUGCGUUGAAUUCUGACGAGAACGGAAAGAAAAUAGCCGAACGAAAAUGUAGCCCGGGACAAAUCCACCUACGUGCGAACGAAGGGACUGCAGGGUUGAUAAAUCGACGCCGACGCUGCAGGACAUAUGCGCACGAGGAUCAGACGCCACGGAUUCAGCCACCAGGAAAACAGUUAAUACGAAGAAAGAAACAGGAGCAGGGGCUUAUAACCGAACAGAGGAAGCCGGCCGCUCUCCUGAGAAUCUGGCCGAAAUAAAACCGGCAUCGAGGUCUCUUACACAACAAAAUGAAGUGGAUUGGCACUACCGCCCUUUACAAUGGCCGGGCAUCUGUGAUUUGGCACAUCGACCAAUCCCAAACCCGCAAUCAGGCAGUGCAACAAGAAAACGACUUUUUAUCGCCAUAAAAAGGAGGUGGAGAACAACAUUAUACCUGACCCCUGGUCGACAUGGAGACUACGCAACAACGGAAGCAUAUACAGUACAGCGCAGUUGAUACUCCUCGCUCUGCCUCGGCGGUGUUUUGGAGCCAAACAAAGAGCCCCAAUCCAUGGGGAUAUAUACCAUUAUACCCGGAUACUUUACUGCUGGGCACUGAGGGAUCGGUCCUGUUGCGUACAUCCUCACAUCAUGUUUGUUGGCCCAGUUCUCGGCUGUCAGCGUCAGCUUCCCAUUUCGAAGGCCAGCACCAACAGUGUACAGGACACAAAACUGGCCACCGUAUGGAUCUCCCUUACCUAGCUGGUAUGCAGAGCGCCAACAUGGGGUAAUGCCAUUCGACAUUAUGCCGUCUGUUACAACAUUUCACCAUGGGAAAGGUUUUUCUUUCUGGGAGAAUGGAAUGUGCAAACUUGGCACGAAGUUGAGGAGACUCAGACCCCUUCGCCUGGUUAUGGAGCGAUUGUUAACACGACGCAAUAAUUUGGCCACACCACGCAGAGGCCUAUCCCACGAACAAUUUCAAAUCAUGACACUCCAUGAUUAGGAGAGGACCUGAAAACAUAUUUACAGUAGCGAGAUGAAAGAAACGGAGUACUAGAAAACAAACUACAGUAUCUUGACCGGGGCUAUCAUGGCUGGUCCUGUUUUACCUUACAUAUGCAUAUACAUACCUAUACAUACUGCAACAAUGCUCGUGCUUUGUAUAUACGAGCAAUAUAUACAUAUAUCUUUGUGCCAGCAUUGAACAAGUAUCAGAUUGGGGUAGAGAAGACAUGAACACAUAUAAGCAGGGCACUCAAGAAAGAACAGGACACCCAAUAGGUCUAGAAAGUAUUACUGGCUAAUAAACUCAAGAAAG